CCUUUCACCUCUCUGAACAAGUGUGCAUAAAGGAAACAAAUACAUCUACAUAUCAAUUGCCUCCCUCCCCACCUCCUUCUUCGUCCCUUCCCUUUUUUUCCCUUUCUUUCUCUCUUCCUCUCUCUUCGAUUCUCUUCCCGAGUGUAUUAUUCACCUUUGCGCUAUUUCGACCGACCCUACUUGGCCAUUCGGCGGGAGAAGCGGUUAUAGACGUUUGCAUGGCUCGCGACAAGGCAGGGUCUCCUUGGAGUGACGCAGAGAAGCUACAUCUUUUGUUAGAAAUCGCGAAACAGAAUACGAGUCCUAACUGGCGCAUUAUCGAAGUCCCUACAGGGCGGACAAAAUCCCAAGCACAGGCAAUCUUCACGACAAUGAAAUCGCAUAGCACCCCACCCCCUCCGCAAGGUAACAAGAAGCGUGCGAGGGAGGAACCGGGGUACGAGCAAGCGAGUACCCCAACCGCGGGACAAAGCAGCUCCACCACGAUGAUGCCCGUGCCCAUAACCAAACGAAAGCGCGGCCGUCCUACUAAGGCCGAGACAGAAGCUAGGAAGGCAGCAGAGGCAAGGGGGGAAAUACUGCCCAAGCCGAAACCUUACAUUCCCAAGACUACAAGCAACGUGAUCGUCGGGCCGGACGGUCAGAUUAGGAGGAGGAGGGGAAGGCCCACGAAAGCCGAAACUGAAGCUAAGAAGGCGCGGGAAAGGGACUUAAAGAAGAAGCAGGGCGGCGGAGAUGAUGAUGAGGAUGAUGACAAGGUGAGGCAGCAAUUGGGACAGAGCGAGCAGAGCGAAUUGGCCGACGACGAUGACGACGACGAUGUGGAGGAGGAUGAAUGAUCUCUCCGGAGAAAAACGGGUGAGAAAAGGAAAAAGAAAUCGAACCAACAAAAAAAAAAAAAAGAAA